CUGUCGCCAUCACCGUGCAUUCUGGGGACCCAUCAUGAGAAAGGCGCCCACACCUUCUGGGCGGUGGUCAACCGGCUUCCUCUCUCCAGCAACGCGGUGCUCUGCUGGAAGUUCUGCCACGUCUUCCAUAAGCUGCUGCGAGACGGGCACCCAAACGUGAUAAAGGACUCCAUGAGGAACAAGGCUGAUCUGACAGAUAUGAGCAGGAUGUGGGGUCACCUGAGUGAAGGCUAUGGGAAGCUGUGUAGCAUCUACCUCAAACUGCUCAUCACCAAAAUGGAGUUUCACAUCAAAAAUCCUCGUUUCCCUGGCAACCUCCAGAUGUCAAACAGGCAGCUUGAUGAGGCGGGAGAAAAUGAUGUUAAUAACUUCUUCCAGUUGACAGUGGAGAUGUUCGACUACCUUGAGUGUGAGCUCAAUCUCUUUCUGGGAGUGUUUAGCUCUCUUGAUAUGUCUCGGUCGGUGUCGGUAACGGCAGCGGGUCAGUGCCGCCUGGCGCCCCUCAUCCAGGUCAUCCUGGACUGCAGCCACCUGUACGACUACACCGUCAAGCUGCUGUUUAAGCUGCACUCCUGCCUUCCAGCCGACACUCUCCAGGGCCACAGAGAUCGCUUCCAGGAGCAGUUUAAAAAGUUAAAGAGCCUGUUCUAUCGCUCCAGUAACUUGCAGUAUUUCAAAAGGCUCAUUCAGAUCCCACAGUUGCCCGAGAACCCUCCGAACUUCCUACGAGCGUCAGCUCUGUCGGAGCACGUCAGCCCUGUAGUCGUGAUCCCAGCUGAGUCUUCGUCCCCUGAGUUGGAGCACGUGGUGGAAACGGACGACCUGGUGGACACCGACAUCCCCGUGCUGCCGGCCCCUCCGGAGACCAAGUUUGAUGACCUGUUUGGGACGUCAGUUCCUGUUGAUCCAUUCAACUUUAACAGUCAGAACGGCAUGCGCAAGGAUGACAAAGACCGUCUGAUCGAACAGCUGACGAGGGAGAUCCAGGCUCUAAAGGAGGAGCUAGAGUCUUUCAGACUGGAGAGUGGUCGCCUGUGCCAGGCGCUGAGGGGGCGUGUCAGUGAGCUGGAGGCGGAGCUGGCAGAGCAGAGCCACCUGAGGCUGCAGGCUGUGGGAGAGAGCGAGUUCCUGAAGGCCGAGAUGGACGACCUGCGGAGGGUCAGGGAGGACACGGAGAAGGAGCAGCGGUGCCUGACGGAGAUCGAGAAAAAGGCUCAGGCCAAUGAGCAGCGCUACACCAAACUGAAGGAGAAGUACACGGAGCUGGUUCAGAGUCAUGCAGACCUGUUGAGGAAGAACGCAGAGGUGACCCGGCAGAUGACCGUAGCUCAGGCAGCACAAGAUGAAGUGGAUACUGUGAGAAAAGAGAUGCAAGAAAAGGUGAAAGCUGCGCAGGACACUGCAGACAAACAGGAAAGGGAACAGAUGGAGCACCUUCAGGAGCUCCAGAGAGAGCUCGUAUCCACUCGGGCAGAGCUGGACUCCCUGAAGACCACCGUGGCCUCUUCACAGCAGUCGGGCGAGGUGCUUAGCUCUCAGCUGGCUGCUCUGGAGUCUGAAAAGGCCAAGCUGGUGCAGGACUUGUCAAAGGUGGAGGCCGAGCUGGUGGUCCGGGGGGAGGAGCUACAGCAAGCCCAAAGCUCGCUGGUAACCGAGAGGGAGAGCGGGGUGAAAUCGGCGGAGGCCCUGCAGAAUCAGCUCAAUGAGAAGGAGAGCAGGGAGCAGGCUCUGGAGAGCCAGCUGCUGGCAGCCCGCUGGGCCAGUCUGCAGGGCGCUGUGGAGGAGGCAGAGAAGAUCGUCCAGGACUCCCUGGUUCGGAUAGAUGAUCCGGCCCACAUCAGCUGCACCAGCUCCGCAGACUAUCUUGCAUCUAGAUGCCAAGCCUCUUUAGACUGUUUGGACCGAGUACAUUGUGCCAGAGAAACCUUCCUGUCUGACAACACAGGCGUUUCUGAGCUAGUGCGAGUGGUGAUUCAAUGUGGCCACCUCGUGGGCGACACCAUUGUUCAGGGUAGUGCCACCUCCCACAUGGUGCCCGUGGAGCAAGCUGAUGCCCUGUCGGAGAGCGUGAAGACGUGUGGAGCAGAAGCUCUGGCUCUGCUGGGCCAGAUGAAGCAGCAGGACAAGCUGACGGCAGCAGACAACAACAAGCUGAAGGCGGCGCUGCAGGCCAUCCUGGCCACCGCAGAGGAAAUGCUGAACAAGUCUCGAGCAGUUGAUACAGGAAUCAAGAUGGAGGUCAACGAGAGGAUCUUGGCCUCGUGCACCGAGCUGAUGCAGGCGAUCAAGGAGCUGGUUCUUUCUUCCAAACACCUGCAAAGAGACAUCGUGGAGAGCGGGAGGGGGGCAGCCUCCAUGAAGGAAUUUUAUGCCAAGAACUCCCGCUGGACCGAAGGCCUGAUCUCUGCCUCGAAAGCAGUUGGAUGGGGCGCCACGGUCAUGGUUGAUGCUGCAGACCUGGUGGUGCAGGGCAAAGGGAAGUUCGAGGAACUGAUGGUGUGCUCCCACGAAAUAGCCGCCAGCACAGCACAGCUGGUGGCUGCAUCAAAGGUAAAGGCAGACAAAGACAGUGCCAACCUGAGCCGUCUGCAGCAGGCCUCGCGGGGCGUCACGCAGGCCACCGCCGCCGUCGUGGCCUCCACCAAGUCUGGAAAAUCCCAGAUUGAAGAGACAGAAACUAUGGACUUUUCCAGCAUGACUCUUACCCAGAUCAAACGACAAGAGAUGGACGCACAGGUGCUGGUUCUGGAGCUGGAAACCCGUCUGCAGAAGGAGCGAGAACGUCUUGGCGAGCUCAGGAAGAAGCAUUACGAGCUGGCUGGUGUGGCGGAGGGCUGGGGCGAGCAGGGGGAGGGCACGGGGUGAGACCGGCCGCUCCUGUCAGCCACCUUCUCCGUCACCAGACCGGCUUCUGUCUGCCUCUUUCUAUUUAUAGAAACACCUUUCUGUCUCCUUUUUUUACCUGGUUUUGUUUCAUCGUUUGUUCGUUCGUUCGUUCGUUUUUUAUCUAAGCCAAAUGAGAAGGUGCUUCUUUCCCAAACCUGCUUCACCACUCGUGUCCUCACGCUUUCCACAUGAAGCUCCAACAGGGGCGCAUCGGGGGGGGCGGGGCACAGCCUCACAUCUGCCCUGCUUCUCCUCCAGAGCUGCGCCGGUGAGGAGCCCCAGUGAGCUGUGUCCCAGGAUUUGUCCCGUUUAGUUUGUCUCUUGUUUUUCCUCUCGCGGUUCUUGACGACGCCACCCUCACCGAGGAGCCCCCGCGAACACGCUGCAGGCACAGAGUUCUCAGGACAUCAGAAAGACUCAGCGCACAGGGGCCAAACUGUGAGCAGCCCGUGUGGGGGCCGUGUGGGGUGGUGGGUCAGAGACCACAGCUGCCGGCCGUCACACCUCUGCGCAGCUCUCCUGUUUUCCUGUUCUGGCAGUUUGAGCCCCCCCCCCCCCCCCCCCCGCAACAAUUCUUUCCUCACUGUGAGCUAUCACCUUAUCAGGUCCACAGGGCUCGUACCGGCUGGUUCUCUGGACUUGCUGCCUUUCAUGUCCUCACCAUUUUAACGACCAUGACUGUUAACUUAAGCAACCUUCCCCUCACGAGUUCCUUUUUUGUCUUUUUAUUUUAUUUUUUUUACCCCUCUUUUACCUUUUUUACCUCACACGGAAACUCUUAAAACGUCUCCUCAAAUCGUUUCCAU